CGCGCUAAUCCGGUGGUGGUGGUGGUGGGGAUCUGGCGCCCCCGCGUGGCCAAAAUAAGGAAAAACACGCCCGUCCGUAGUUUCCCAUGAUGCACUUCGGAAAGAAAGAGGUUCGGUUUUGGUGGCCGUGUGAGCUUCGCCGACGCGCUUGAGGCGGUAGUUGUUGUCAAGUUCUAUUCCGCCUGGCCCACUUCAUGGGCCUUACGUUUGGCUAGUUUGUAACAGUAUUCGCCACGGGAUAACCUUAACGCCGGGAUCAAAGGUACUAGUAUUGCCAAGGAUGUCCUAUCCCCCUCCUCUCAAUCGCCAACAGAUUGGCAUCCCGCAGCUACCUCCAAGGAUUCCGCCUCCUCAAUAUGCGGGCUUCCCCCCAGCGGUACCACCAGGAACCCCCAUGAUUCCAGUUCACAUGGGUUUAAUGACCCCCACACCCACAGUCCUCGUGCCCACUACAGUCUCCAUGGCACAGAAGGCGGCACCACUAAAAAAGGACCUAGCCUCCCUAAGAGCUAAGGAAGCAGAGGAGAGCAGCAGUGGAGGCCCUACCACCACUGUGUUCGUAGGGAACAUCUCUGAGAAGGCUUCUGACAUGUUGGUUAGGCAACUUCUAGCGAAAUGUGGACUUGUUCUAAGUUGGAAAAGGGUUCAGGGUGCUUCUGGGAAAUUGCAAGCUUUUGGCUUCUGUGAGUAUAAAGAGCCUGAGUCCACACUGAGAGCUCUCAGGCUGCUGCAUGAGCUGUUGCUUGGUGACAAGAAGCUUUUGGUCAAAGUAGAUGCAAAGACCAAGGCACAGCUGGAUGAGUGGAAGGCCAAGAAGAAGAGUGCCAAUGGGGGACCAGGUGGUGGAGCUAAGGAAGGGGACGAUGAUGAGGAGGAGGUCCUUGAUGAGGAAACCCAGCGACGGGACCAGGUUGUGAAAGGGGCAAUAGACGGCCUUAUCCGAGAGUACUCCAAUGAACUCAAUGCUCCCUCGCAGGACUCUGACAGUCAAGCUCGCAACAAAAAGAGGAAAGAGAAGAAAGAGGAGGAGGAUAUUAACGCCAUGGAGAUGGAGGAUGACAAGAGAGACCUGAUUUCCAGGGAGAUCAGUAAAUUCCGGGACACACACAAGAAACUAGAGGAGGAGAAAGGAAAGAAGGAGAAGGAGCGGCUGGAGUUGGAGAAAGAGAGGAGAGAGAGGGACAAGGAACGGGAGCGAGAGAGAGAGCGCCGUGACCGGGAGAAGGAGAAGGAGAGAGAGCGGGAGCGAGAGCGGGAUAAGGAUCGCGAGAGGGAGAGAGACCGCGAACGGGACAGAGAGCGGGAGAGGGAGAGGACGAAAGAGAGGGAGAGGGAGCGCGAGAGGGACAGGAGUCGCGACGUCAGUGAAGACCGCAGCCGGUCCAGGGAGAGGACAAGGGAGGAUAAGAAACGGGACCGUGAGGAAGAUGAGGAGGAUGUGUACGAACGACGAAGGCUUGAGAGGAGGCUCAGGGACAAAGAGGCAGCCUACCAGGAGCGCCUCAAAAACUGGGAGAUCCGGGAGAGAAAGAAGGCGCGGGACUACAGCAAAGACACAGAGAGGGAGGAUGAGAAACGACGUGAAAUGAUGAAAGAGGCCAAAAGACUGAAAGAGUUCCUUGAAGAUUAUGAUGACGACAGAGACGACCCCAAGUAUUACAGGGGCAGUGCUCUACAGAAGCGACUUCGUGACCGGGAAAAAGAGAUAGAGUUGGACGAGCGAGACAGGAAGAGGGAAAAAGAGGAGUUGGAGGAGAUCAGACAAAGGCUGCUGGCUGAGGGUCACCCUGAUCCAGAUGCUGAGCUGCAGAGGAUGGAGGAAGAGGCGGAGCGCAGGCGGCAGCCCCCACUGAAACUUGAGCCAGAAGAGGACAUGGUCCAGGAAAAGGCCACCAGGGAUCGGGAUAGAGAUCGGGAGCGGGAUAGGGAUAGAGAUCGGGAGCGGGAUCGAGGUCGGGAGCGGGAGCGGGAGCGGGAGAAGAGGGGGUCAGACAGGCCGGCAGAGCCAAUAUCCCGCGGCCCUCAGUCCCAUUCAGACGAUGACGCAGAGGAAGGCGAGGAUGACGACUACCCCGACGGUGAGGACUCACAGGAAGCCAAGCCCCUCCUCAAACCCACGCUACGGCCAAUCACUGCCGCUCCCUCUGUUUCCUCAGCAAGUGGGGAUGCCACUCCAAACACACCUGGAAACGAUUCCCCUUGCGGCAUCAUUAUUCCAGGGGAGAAUUCCCCAGAGGUCCAGCCUCCAGAGGAGCAUCGUCCCAAGAUUGGCCUUAGCCUCAAACUGGGUGCCACCAACAGUCCCAGCCAGCCCAAUGCAGGGAAGCGCAAGAAGCUGGCAACUGUGGACAGUGUCUUCAACAAGUUUGAUGAUGAGGAGGCAGACGAGCAGCCCCGCAAAAGAAAACUGGUGCCGCUGGACUACGGGGAUGAUGACAAGAGUCUUGGGCUGGACGGGGCGGAAAUUUCCGGUACCAGGGGCAGCAUCAACACAGAGGAGAAACGCAAGCACAUCAAGAGUCUCAUCGAGAAGAUCCCCACGGCAAGGCCUGAGCUGUUCUCCUACCCUCUGGACUGGACUAUGGUUGAUUCGACUCUGAUGGACCGCCGCAUCCGGCCAUGGAUCAAUAAAAAGAUUAUUGAAUACAUCGGCGAAGAGGAAGCCACUCUAGUAGAUUUUGUCUGUUCAAAGGUGAUGGCACACAGCACACCACAGGGUAUUCUGGAUGAUGUUGCCAUGGUUUUAGACGAAGAAGCAGAGGUCUUCAUCGUUAAAAUGUGGAGACUGUUGAUCUAUGAAACGGAGGCCAAGAAGAUUGGUCUGGUGAAAUAAAGACCAGCUUUUUAUGGAGGAAGAAGAGCCAGAUUUUUGGUUGCCGGCUUCCUUGUCAGUAGAAACGGUUCUAUCUGUACUUGCCCAGUGGACUGUAAACAUUGGGCUUCCUAUAGCCCCUCCACUCCUACUCCAUUCCAUCAGCAAGGAGCUGUGUGAGCAUUUGUUCGCGAGGGCGAGCUCGAGCCGUGAACAUGGACGCAUCUGCUCAAGCUUAUUGCAUGAUCCUAAGUUCUGUUGUAUCCGUGUCCUUCGUUGGCACCGUUGGAGGCUAAAGCCAGAUGUGCAUUUUACCCAUUUGUUCUCCAUUUGAGUUGGCCACGCUUUAAUUUACCGUUGACAUACCGAGGCACUGCCCCCAUUGUGAACUAAUAAACAGAUUUUUUUUUUUAGAAA